AUGACCUUCCCUGGGAGGAGCGGUGGCACCAGGUCAGAGCAACUCACCUGCCACAGGCAUGGGGUCAGCGCCGGGAGACGCUGGACACGGAACUGCACUUCCAGGCACCACACCAUCCUCUACUUCCGGGUCUCCUUCCGGGUCAACCGGAAAGGUCAGGCGGCUUUGGGGGCCUGGCCCCCGCCGGCCAGCACCACAGGGGCCCUGCGGCGCCGGGUGCGGGGCUUCGUGCUGCCCACCGCCGCCUGCCAGGAGGACGAGGACGUCUUCCCCUACAAGAUCCUCUUCCAAGACCUUGACCGCAACGGGGACGGGGUGGUGGACAUCACGGAGCUCCGAGAAGGGCUGAAAAACUGGAGCUCCACGUUUGGCCUGCAGUCGGAGAAGGAAAUUUUUAAAGCUGGAGAUACCAAUGCUGAUUCAGGAUUGGACUUCCAAGAAUUUUUGCAAUACCUUAAAGACCAUGAGAAAAAAAUGAGGCUGGCAUUUAAGAGUCUGGACUUAAAUAAUGAUGGAGUAAUAGAAACUUCGGAAAUAAUCACUGCUUUGAAGUCACUGGGUGUAGAUAUUUCUGAAGCUCAGGCAAAAAAUAUUCUCCAAAGCAUGGACAGUGAUGGAACAAUGACAGUAGACUGGGAUGAAUGGAAGUACUACUUUUUACUUCAUCCCGCAAAAAGUAUCGAUGAAAUUGCUGGCUUCUGGAAGCGUUCUACCAUAAUUGACAUAGGGGAGAGCAUAGCUAUUCCAGAUGACUUUACUGUGGAAGAAAAGAGUUCUGGACAUUGGUGGCGGCAUAUGGUGGUAGGAGGAAUAGCUAGCGCCAUUUCAAGGACGUGCACGGCACCUUUUGACCGCUUGAGAGUCAUGAUGCAGGUUCAUAGUUUAGAGCCAACGAGAAUGAAGUUAAUUGGUGGGUUUGAGCAGAUGAUAAAAGAAGGAGGAAUUCGUUCUCUUUGGCGAGGAAAUAGUGCAAAUGUUUUAAAAAUUGCACCUGAGAUGGUCAUCAAGUUCGGGGCCUAUGAACAGUAUAAGAAAUGGCUUAGUUUUGAUGGUGCUAAAACAGGAAUUAUUCAGAGAUUUGUAUCUGGUUCAUUGGCUGGUGUAACUGCUCAGACCUGUAUUUACCCCAUGGAGGUAAUAAAGACCAGACUGACUGUAGGUAAAACUGGACAGUACUCAGGGAUUAUUGAUUGUGGCAAGAAGCUUCUGAAACAAGAAGGUGUUAGAACCUUUUUCAAAGGCUAUAUCCCUAACUUGCUAAGCAUUAUGCCUUAUGCAGGCACAGACCUUACUGUUUUUGAGCUUUUGAAGAACUAUUGGCUUGAACAUUAUGCAGGAAACUCUGUAGACCCCGGCUUAAUGAUUUUGCUGGGAUGUAGCACGUUGUCACAAACCAGUGGUCAGAUAGUCAGCUUCCCUCUGACCCUUCUUAGAACACGCAUGCAGGCUCAAGCACAGAAGGAAAAAACAACAACUAUGAUUCAUCUCAUUCAAGAUAUAUAUUACAAAGAAGGAAAAAUGGGCUUUUUCAGGGGCCUCACUCCAAAUAUCAUAAAAGUGCUCCCUGCAAUAUUCAUAAGCUGUGUGGCCUAUGAAAUACUGAAAAGACCGUUUGGAUUAACGUAGAA